UUUCCUUCAUGUGUUAUUAAUAGCGCAACGUCACAUCAUAUCUGUUUGAUGUGGACAACGUACACUUAACCGCGGAGGCCUUUCACCAACGGGAUAGGAUAUAUUCAACGCCGUUUUCACUUAGCCGUUAAAAUGGACACCGAAGAUGACUCUGACGAAUACAACACACCCAGGUCUAGCUGGAGUACAUAUAGUAGCGAUGAAGCAGACGGUACCUCUACACCUGAAGACAAUAAGGAGUCUUUUUGUUCUGUAUCUCACCAGUCAAUCUGGCGUAUACAGUGCAAUGAAAAGACAGAAAUACAGGGAUCAGUUCUACAACCGGGGGAAAUAGUUACCGAUGGUGAUAUGUUACCUCGAAAUCAUUCACAACCUGUUGUUUUUCAGAAGAACAUAUACCAAGCGGAGUUUCCAAGCGCUCCCAAAUAUUUAACCGUUGGACAAGGAAACACAAUUCAGCAAUAUAAACCGGGUGAUAAAAGGAGCCGGGUACAAAUGAUCCGAGGUAAAACAGAAACAAGUAUUGAACUUUGCUCAACAACAACUGUGGAUACCAACGGCGUGUCACGAGUGAUGGACUCUAUUGCGAAAGGGUCAUCUUUCGUGAUUAUCACUGGAUCACACGGAGAUGGAAAAACAACAAUCGCUCAAAGAGCCAUGUCAAAACUAAGAGCAAAAGGGAAACAAGUAUUUCAUGUAUUCACACCGGCAGAUCUCUCUGAAGUUGAUCUGAACAUCAAAGAACCAGUCAUUAUGUUGGAUGGCAUAUGUGGAGAGAUAAACUUUGAUGAAGGAAAAUGGAAGAACUGGGAACCUGUUCUGAAGGGUAUACUAACAGGCACUGACAGAAAGCCUUUAGUUCUGUUUGUUGGCAACAACUUUGUUCUUCAAGAGUGGUCGAGAUACAUUGAUUAUUUACCCGUUACAAAGGUAGACACAGUGGAUGUAUCACUGACAUCAAGAACAUUUCAAGAAAAGGAACAUAUUUUGUCAGCACUUGAAAAGAAAAUAGAUGUGAAGAUUGGUCCACAGAAACGCAGACAAGUAUGUGAAUGGGGUAACCAUGGCUUCCCAAAAUUGUGCGAGUUGCUUCUGGAAAGGUGCAAGAGAAACAUCCAUUCACAUGUAGCAUCAGUGUUCCGACUUCCAACACCAUUAGAAGAGCAUGAUGUCAUGAAUUUCGUUAAGUACAGGGGCAAGAGAAUCCUCUUGAAGAAGCUACUUGAGAACCGAGGAGAGUUAGACAUAUUCCAAGAGACGUGUUCUGAACUUAGAUAUGAACUCACAGUGACAGCUAGGAAUCUUGAUGGAACAUACUUGACCAAGAGAGACAAUGUGUAUGUAUUUCACAGGCCCUAUAUGUAUGACCUUGUGGCGUCAACUCUUUGGGAGGACGAUCCGAGAUUCGUUAUUGAAAACUGCACGAUGGCAUUCAUCAACAGGACAUUGCAACUGCAGUGUCAACAACCUUGUGGAGCCACAACAAAGUUCCUUUUCAUCCCAGACUAUCUUCACAAAUAUCUCCUGUUUAGAUUUGCAACAGAAAUUUGCAAAGGCAAUAUAUAUUUGGCGCUCUCACACAGAGCAUGCAGUUGGGAACCUUUUGCGAAGCAGCUCAUGACUACUGUACUUCGAGACAACAAUUCGUCCAUGGAAACUGUUGUCUCACUUAUGGAUGACACUCACAAACUGACAUUUGCCUACCUAUCCACAAGCAAUGGUGGUUUUCAUAUUUUGAAACGCAUGGUGGAGCAACUGGAACCCAUUACAUCGGAGCUUAUAAAGGAGAUCCUGUUUGGCAUUUGUGAUGCUGCAUCAGUUGAUGGGUUAAAAUAUCUGAUAGACAAAGACAUCGAAUUUGAUAUCAAUGUCAGAAAUGUUGCUGAUCAAACCCCUAUCAUGGUAGCUGCCAAUACGAAGGAGGAGACUUUUGUUAUGGAACUACUAGCAAUCAAUCCUAGCGUUACUGCAUCCGAUUUAAUUGGCAGGACAGUACUGCACUACAUCUGCGAAAAUGGACUAGCCAGGGCAAUAAAGAAGAUAGUUUGUGCAAAAGAAGAUGUUGACAGGAAGGACGAAUCUGGCCGUACAGCUCUUUUUAGCGCAUGUGAGUAUGGAAACAUUGACAUAGUGACGGAACUUAUCAACAUGAAUGCAAGCAUAGACUUGCCAUCCUUGCAUGAGGCUUGUAAGUCAAAGAAGGCAAACAUUCUCAGAUUGUUGCUGGCAGAAGGAGCACCUGUUGACGCUGUUUCAAAGGAUGGUGACACCCUUCUGCACUCAGCAUGUGAGGGGGGCAAAGAGUUGAUCGAUCUGCUACUACAAAAAGGCUUAGAUAUCAACACACCUGGCUUCAAAGGAAGAACUCCUCUUGACAAAGCAAUAGGACUGGAAAAUGAAACUAUUGCAAAAUACUUGGAAGAUAAAGGCGGUAAACGCAACCCAAAUCUGUCAUCUUAGCAUAUCCCAACAAGAUCUUGCAAGCAGACAGGUUUUGACAAAGCUAAAUGGGUAUGUGGAAAUACCCUUUAUCCGUGUCAACAUCAAUCCGGUGAAAAUAGUGUUGAGGUUCUAAUGAGAGGUUUAAAAUUAAGUUGAAAGAGAAAAUAACAUGAGCAUCAUAGGACAUUUCAGCAAUAACGUAACAACAGUCACACUUGUCCAAUCAAAGGUUAUCUCAGCUUGACUACUGCAGUAGCCUCUACGAGAACUUCAUGAACAUCUAAUCAACUGUAAUGUGUCCAACACAUAGCUGCCAGGAAAUACGAUUAUACUGAAUGAGCUUCACUGGUUGCCACUGAUGUUUAUGAUCCAGUUCAGGACUCUUGGGAUAACAGGCACAAAUUCCACCCGAUCCCUAAUAUCAGGUAGCCACCACAGUUUGUAGUAGUUUUUGUUUUUGUUUGUGUUUGGUUUUUUUGUUUAACGCCACACUCAGAAACAUUCCAGGUAUAUGACGGCGGUCUGUAAAUAAUAGAGUCUGUACCAGACAAUCCAGUGAUUGACAUCAUGAGCAUAGAUCCACAGUAGUAGCAGUCGUUUGUGAUGGUAGUAGUCGUGUGAAACCAUUCCAUAUCAUACGUUUCUAUACUUUGAUGUAUAUGGCACAUAUAUGUAUACAAAAUUUAGAGUAGACGUUCAUGUUCAAACUCAAAGGAGUACAGAUGCAUAUGAAAGUGCAAUAAAAAUUAUUUACAGUG